AUGCUGCCCUCAGGAGAUCUUCUGAAAUUACAUGUUCAAAGCGAGGCUGAGAAAUUUCUUAAACCUUGGUGGGAUGUAGUUACCGAUUAUCUAACCCUUGUUUUGGUUAUGGUCACUGUCGUUUGUGCCGUGGUUGGUCUCUACGCACCUGGUCCUGUGUGCAUACCUGUCGUACGCUGCCCGGCACAAAACUCUUCACUAAGCAAGAUAGCAACUUGUGCUAUAAUUCGCAACCCAUCGCAAAACGGAGGAAAUUCGGUAGAUUUUGCUACAGUUGCAGUCCAGUUUACCAAUCAAAAUAUGUUUCAUUAUAUCAACUCGGAAUGCAGUGAGAAUAUUUUUUGGAUGAUUAGAUUUUUUCCAAACGUGUUGAUAGUCAUGGUUGGUUGUUGUUUGAUCUGUAGUGUUGCUUGGUUUGUCAUAAAAUCACCAAUACUGGAACUAUUUAUUGAUUUGCUAUGUCAAUGUUACCAACUCGCUUCAACAAUGAACAACUCAACUUCUACAGAGCCCGAUAUUUCAGAAGGUGCUAGUACUUCACAAGAAUUACGCACUACUUUAAAAACAAAAACUACUCCAGAACAACAUGCAAAACCAGUAGAAUGUGCUACCGCAGAAGACAGAAAUCGAGUAAAAACAAAGUUGCAGAAAUUUGUGCAGGACUUUGAGAAAAAUGAUACUACUAAGUGUCAAACUUUCUUCAGCAUAAAGCAUUUUUAUAUCAUAAUAUCUGUCGUUCAAGCAAUGGUCGUUGUCGUGUCAUUCAGCAUAUUGGUAUGGUUAAUGGACGAAAAGAUGAACAGACAAUAUGAAUGCAACAUUGAUGAAAUCAUUUCUGGUUUGGUCUACGAUCACUUCGUCUGCUCAUAUUCAAUCAUCAAGUUUUAUUUAUUCGGUGCAGGAGUCGUUUCGAGCAUUAUUGCCGUCCAUACGGUUUUAAGCUUUUUGAAACUAGUAUCAACAAUAUCACUAAAAUGGGUUUUAGAAACUGAACAGUUCGAAAGAAUAAACAAUUUGAACAUAAAGUCGCUAGAUUUGAAGUUUUUGCUAAACUUAGUAGCAUUAAGUAAUCCGGCGUAUUUGAAGCCAUUUUGUGAAAUGUACGAAGAAAUAAACAGCAACAAAGAAAUGAACAGCAGCUACCAGCAACGGCAUAGAUUGUUAAAAGAAAAUUGA